GCCGUUUAAAUUUCGAAUUCAGUCGAUAAAUAACAAUCGAAUCUAAUUUGCGUUCACAGCUAACUUCACGCCACUUAGAGAGGACAUAAACAGCUGAUUAAUGACGAUCUGGCAGCACGUACGGGUUUUCAGGUUUUUACGCGACAAAGUUAAAUUAUAAACAUGCAGAAAUAUGACAAAAUGGAAAAGAUUGGUGAGGGCACUUACGGGACAGUGUUCAAAGGACGCAAUCGAGACACUAUGGAAAUAGUUGCACUAAAGAGAGUACGUUUGGAUGAGGAUGACGAAGGUGUGCCUAGCUCCGCGCUGAGAGAGAUUUGCUUAUUGAAGGAAUUGAAGCAUAAAAAUAUAGUUCGGUUAUGUGAUGUGUUGCACUCCGAUAAAAAAUUGACACUUGUAUUUGAGCACUGCGAUCAGGACCUAAAAAAAUACUUUGACUCAUUGAAUGGAGAAAUCGAUAUGGCAGUGUGUCGCAGCUUUAUGCUGCAACUGUUGCGCGGCUUGGCCUUUUGUCACAGCCACAAUGUUCUUCACCGAGAUUUAAAGCCGCAAAACUUGCUCAUCAAUAAGAAUGGGGAACUAAAGUUGGCUGACUUUGGAUUAGCCCGCGCCUUUGGCAUUCCUGUCAAAUGCUAUUCUGCCGAGGUGGUAACGCUGUGGUAUCGUCCCCCAGAUGUGCUCUUUGGCGCCAAGUUGUAUACGACCAGCAUUGAUAUGUGGUCAGCCGGUUGCAUAUUGGCCGAAUUAGCUGAUGCAGGUCGUCCACUUUUCCCAGGCUCUGAUGUGAUCGAUCAAUUGCUGAAAAUAUUCCGCGUGCUUGGCACUCCAACUGAAGAUUCUUGGCCCGGUGUCUCGCAUCUCUCAGAUUACGUUGCGCUUCCAUCUUUUCCACCAAUUACUUCGUGGAGUCAACUCGUACCAAGACUGAAUUCCAAGGGUCGUGACUUAUUGCAAAAACUGCUUGUUUGCCGUCCGAAUCAGAGAAUUAGCGCGGAAGCUGCAAUGCAGCAUCCAUAUUUCACAGACAGCUCCUCUUCGGGUCAUUAACUUGUGGCAAUCACUGUAGUUCUAACGACUGUUUCAAUAAGAUUUGAAUAGAAAUUGUAUGUAUAUUUUAGGAACGUAUUUUUAGUUAUAUACGCAUCGUUUUUAUCAUCAAUUCAAUGCAAUUCUAUUACAUAGUUUUUACCAAAUUAUACUACCAAUGAUAAUGCCAUCAGUUGUAAUAUUUUAAAUAUACAUACAAGUUUAAGUAAAUCUAAGAACCAAAAUUGCAACUGUACCUAGUUCACUCAAUAUUUAUAUAGAAUAAAUCUUCAAAAAUAUACAUACCCUAUUUGUAAACA